GCUGUAGUGCAACAAGAACAAGAAAAGAAAGCUGUGCUGUUUUGCAAGAUACUCUUCUAUGAUAUCGUAUCUAUAGACUUGUCGUCGUCCCAGAACUUAAAGUAUGUAAGGAAGACUAUUUUUUUUAUCGAAAACUUCGAGAACGGCAGCAGAAGUGAGGUUUCAUAAAUAAAUCUGCAAUAAUAACAAACUUUUUUCCCUGCUUCGUUUCAACCAAUUUAUUUUAGACUCACCUUGAGGCGAGAGAAAGAUAAUCGUACAUGUUGUGACGUGAAGAAGUGUGAAGAAAGAGCUAGUUUAUUAGGAGAACUGCAUGUAAUCGUCAAAAAGAGGACCAUUGUUAUUUUAUUAGUAAUUGCGAGUAAUAAUAAUAAUAAUAGAAUAGCUCAAAAUCCACUCCACAAAGGUAAACAAGAAUCUCGAAAAAUUAAACAGUAGUUUAGUGAGCGAUGAUUUCUCCAGGCGUGUUGGUUCGUAAAUGUUGAGAAGUGUAAAUAAGGGUUAAGUUGCAUUGCCAUUAAAAUCACUAAUUAGUGAGGUCGAGGACGUUUUUGGAGAGGAAAGCUUGAGUAACAUGGAGGAAGCUCAACAGGAAACUAAAAUUAUCUACCACAUUGAUGAGGAAGAGACACCUUACUUGGUCAAAAUACCUCUGCCCCCCGACAGAGUCACAUUGUCCGACUUCAAGAAUGUAUUCAGUAGACCGAGUUACAAGUUUUUCUUUAAAUCUUUCGACGAUGACUUUGGGGUGGUGAAGGAGGAAAUAGUUGAUGAUGAUGUCAAUUUGCCAUGUUUCAACGGAAAAGUAAUUUCAUGGUUGGUCUCUACCGAGGGGAGUAAUGUUUCUGAUUCGAAUUCACAUUGCGCCGACAGCAGUGUGGCACAAUCUGAUGGGAGGAUGGGGGCUGAAAAGCCUACACGAACGAUACCCAAAGGACUACGUGCAGCUAAGCAGCAAUUUGCUGAUGACACGACCACUUGCACGGAAACCGAAUCAAUUAUGAGCUCACGUUUCAAUUAUAACCCUCAUCGCAAUAAGAAAGAUCAAAAUUUCAAACUGACAGAUAAAUAUGACAAGUAUAGUCGAUUUGACGGUAUGCACGGCAAGGGACACUACGAAUCUUCACUGAUGAGUUCAGAUCUAGAAACGACCACAUUCUUCCAGUCUGAUGAUGAUGACGCUUCCAGUAGAAUCACUGCUACGACAGAACAUACUAGCGUCUCAAAAGUUAUCGCGCGACAACAGCAACAGAGACGCCAAAGAAGAAGAAAACACAGGCAACCAACAAUGUCGAGAACCUCUAGUUUUUCAUCAAUCACAGAUUCCACAAUGAGUCUCAACAUAAUUACCGUUACUUUGAACAUGACGACCCCGGGUGAAAAUGGAACGCACAAUUUUCUUGGAAUUUCUAUCGUGGGAGAAAGUAAUAAAGGAGGUGAUGGGGGUAUCUAUGUUGCGUCUAUUAUGAAAGGGGGUGCAGUGGCAAAAGACGGUAGGAUCGAGCCUGGCGACAUGAUACUACAAGUCAACGAUAUAAAUUUCGAAAAUAUGACCAAUGACGAAGCGGUGGAAGUUCUGCGAGAUGUUGUUAAAAAGCCGGGUCCCGUAAAACUCGUUGUGGCCAAGUGCUGGGAUCCAAAUCCAAAGGGUUACUUCACUAUCCCAAGAACGGAACCUGUCAGACCCAUUGACCCAGGGGCUUGGAUCGCUCAUACGACGGCAGCUAUCGGAGAAUAUCCAGCUAGACCUCCUUCUGUGACGACUCUUACAUCUACAAGCUCUUCUAUUGCAUCCAGUAUACCAGAAACAGAAAGAACCGUUGAAGAAAUGCCUAUCCGACUUACUGCAACCACGCCAAUGAGUUUAAUAGUCCGAGAAAUGCAAAAGCCCGAGUCUGGACUCGAAGUGAAAGACAGACUAUGGUUAAAAAUUCCCAUCCCAAAUUCCUUCAUUGGGUCGGAUGUCGUGGAGUGGUUGCUGACACAUGUUGAAGGAUUCAACGAAAGGAAAGAUGCCAGAAAAUAUGCUUCAACGAUGUUGAAGUCGGGAUUUAUUAGACAUACCGUUAAUAAACUUACGUUUUCCGAACAAUGUUAUUACGUCUUUGGUGGAGAACUAGUCAACUCAAUGAUGCAAGGCAUGCAAAUACGAGACGGGGAUAACAAAUCUCUCUCAUCAUCGGAUGUCUUGGGGCCGCUACCGCCUCCUUCGUCAUCGUCACCUCACUGGAGCAAUCCUUAUUCUUCUAGUGCGGUACAUCAACAGCCUCCUCUUGCUCCAAUGUAUGCCCCAAUGCCAUAUUCCAUGACAGGGGGAUAUGAAAGCAACGCGUACAGCUAUCCUCAGGAGCCAUGUGGUAAUAGCGGCUCUGGCGGAAGUAGUAAUGACACUGGCGGAUCAAGACGUGAACGACAGCAUUUGGUUCGGGACAAUCACCACAGUCACGGAAUGCCACUUGGAUUUUGCGCUCCUCCAGAAAUCCGGUCAAUCGAUUCAGAUUCCGGGUCUAACAGAUCGAAAAAAUCCGGUUCAAGUGUCCUACAAGGUGUCCAACAAGUUCAUCAACCACAUUCUCAUAUGAAUAUUCAUCCCAAUGUUGGAUAUGUGAAUCAUGCUAAUGGAGAUGCUAAUAAUCAUAAUAACCCGAAUUUCCACAGCGCGUCCACAUCUACCAAACCUAAUGAAUUUUUUAUAGAUGUUAUGUGAGGGGUCACUUUUUUCUUGAAAUAUUUUUAAUAUGUGGACCAUCUCGAACAAAUAAAAAUGUCACAAGCAAUCAGGCUUCAAGCUAUGAGAUUCGUAUACGUGCAUGCGAUUUUGUGUAUCACAAGCUGACCGUAAUUUUCUAUACUGCUUCGACCUUGUUAACAUUUACAGAGUUGCUUCCUUUCACUAAUUUAACAAAGUAUACCAAGCUCUAGCUAGAUUAACGUAGUGUGACGUUUAAAUUGAAUUCAUUAAUAUCGCAAUUAACAUUUUCGCAUAGAAUGUGUCGUACAUAUUAUUGAGUGAACGUUUAGUACCAAAUGCAUGAGAUUGCCUAAUUGUUAAAUUAAGUGACAGUGAAAUGAGCUUUUUUAUUUGGCUGAUGGAUAUUUGUGUACAUUUUAUUGAUGAUUCAGCAUUCGUUUAGUUUUGUUCUUCGUCGAUAGUCGAUAAUGUCAAAAUACUGUUUUUUCUGCCAUUAUUAUAUUACUUUUAUCAAAUUAUUAUUAAGUCUUGUUUGAGUAGUAAGAAAGAAGAAAUACAAUUAUACAUUUGUACUCUUGGUA